CGCAUUAAGUUUGUUUACUUCGAGUUGAUUAACUGACUAAAUAUUUUUUUCAUUGCAUAAAAUGAUGAAGCUACUUAUCGCGCUCGCGUUAAUCGCCUUGUGUCAUGCUGGCCCAUUAGAGAACAGUGCAUUAUCCAGACUCCAAAGACCAUUUAUACACAAAGUGGUUAUUCGAAGUGACAAUUUCUUACUCUUCGAAUUUGAAUGGACGCCCAUAGAAAGUGGAAUAUGGACUGACCCCGUAAUUGGUUACAAGAUGCGAGUUUGGGAGGUACCAGACGCACCCUCUACCAGGGCCCAAAAGUACACUAUGUCUGAUGGAAAGUACACCGUGCUAGUGGAACACCAAGAAAAAACCGAAGAGUCGAUGGAUGACACCAAGAACUUGGACAAUAAUAUUUUGCUGGAAGAAAUCCUGACUCCGGGAGACUUACCCAGAGCCGCCUUCUUCAACGUGAGGAUUGGAGUCAACUUCGAAAUACGUGUUUCGGCAUACACUAGAACACACCAGAGUUCUUAUUCUAGUUUUACCAGAAUGCGAGUUCUGCCGAACAAACCCGAAGAAACUUUGGACUCUCGUUCUAUUACAAUUACAAAGGACUAAGUUUAUUUCACAAAAAUGGUAUAAAAGUAAGAGCAAAUAAAGAACAUAAUAACAGCA